ACGCCUUCAACAAACACUUCAUCAAGAAACUGAAUCCAUGCAUGCUUAAGAUCAACUAAUAAACUUUGUUGUCAGUUGCAUGUGUAUUUGUCUUAACCGGUUUGUUCGGUUACUUGCACGCUAUAUAAUAUCAAGAAAGGUUUAAACACCUGGAGGAGGUGACAUUAGAGUAUUAAUAAGGGUCACACAACAGGUGGAAUCAUGCAUUUCGUCACUUAUGACACAAUAAGUGAACUCUAUACCUCCAUAGUUACAGGUGAUGAACAAACAAACUAGUGAGUAGUUUGUGCACAGUAGCCAGUUCCAUAGCUAGCUAACUAACGUGCUAAUCAUAUCAUUCGAAUCAGAAAAAAUGGACAGACAGCUAUGGACUACGGCGAUGCCAGUGUUUGUUGUUGAUAACCUCCUGUGUCUGAUACAGCAGGCGUGUUUUUCCGUCACCGAACAAACACAGAUGAAGAAAUAAGUUACUGUGCGUGUGCAAAUAUUGCAUAUAAUGCGUAUUGUCCUGUCUUCUGUCCAUCCCCCUCACUCAUAAACAAUGUUCAUGUAGUGAGUAUGGGGCAGCGUGAUUCCAGCCCCAAUGGGCCUCAAUGAGUUCCUUGAUUAGUUGUUCACCUCUACAUGCAGUACAAUCUCGGAAAAGCUAAAAGGGGCGGUACCACAUGACACGUUUUCUAGUCACAACAAACAUGUCUUGUAAUAAUGACAUGUUCGACUCUUGUUUACUCGUAACUACGACAUUCUUUCUUGUAACUACGACAUGUAACAAGGUGUUACGUGUUCCUGUAACAGCGAGACGUGUUACAACAAUAGAAUCUUAUUCUGAAUAGUUAUCAUUUUCCCCCAAACCUGUUACAAAUAUUCAUUGUUUAUUUAGAAUAUUCAUAUUAAUGUUUGCUGUAAUAUGCAUAUAAAGUGCCAUAUAUUUUCCAGCCCUUGUGCAUUUAUAUUACAUAUAUAGUACAUUAUAUAUUUAUAUUUAUGUACCAUGUUUAAGUCUUUGUAAUGGUGAAUUGUUCGGAAAUCCUUCCUCACAAAAAUCUUCAGACAUAAAGCGUUUCGUUUUUGCUAAAGCGUUGUGUAUGGGCACAUCACGGUCACGUGACCAAGACGUCAGUCGCUCAGGAAGGACCGUCAAGAGGAUUUUUUUUUCCCCUGCAGGAAAAUAACACGGGAGAGAGGAAAAAAAGCAGAUUGCGCGGUGCGGCGGUUAAGAAGGGGCAUCAUGGAUGUGUCCGGCCACAGCCUUUUCCUCCUGCAGCAGCUCAAUGUCCAAAGGGAGUUUGGUUUCCUGUGUGACUGCACGGUUGCCAUUGGCAACGUGUACUUCAAGGCCCAUCGAGCAGUGCUGGCUGCUUUCUCCAACUACUUCAAGAUGAUCUUCAUCCACCAGUCCAGCGAGUGCAUUAAGAUCCAGCCCACCGACAUCCAGCCAGACGUCUUCAGCUACCUGUUGCACAUCAUGUACACAGGCAACGGCCCCAAGCAGCCUGUGGAUCAGGGUCGGUUACAGGACGGGAUCAAGUUCCUCCACGCGUACCAGCUGUGCCACAAAGCGAGCGACAGUGGAUCUGACGCCUCCUCGGACCCCAUCCGCAUAUCCAACCUGUACGGCAUCCAGAUCUCCUCCCAGCUGGGCACUAAAGACUCCCCAGGCAUGAAGGCUAGCGGGGCAAGGGAAUCCGAGGAUAGGCGAUGUGGCUCGCGUGGACGUCCGCUGCCAGCUUUAGCAGGGAUCGAAGGGCACACCUCGGAGCACCAGUCCCUGAGCCUGCGCGCCAUCACCUCAGGGGACGAGUGCGACAUCUUGGCACGGAUCAAACAGGAAGAGGAGGAGCCGGAUGAAGGUGAGGAACCACGAGCACCUGCGUCUCUGCCUUCGACCCAGGGCAGCCCAUGCCAGGCUGGUGGUUUUAAGGACCCUCUGGCGCUGCUGUGUCCUCAAUGUGGAGAACGAUGCCUCUCUCCUGAGGGACUACAGGAACAUCUUUUCACCCAUGCUGCAUGCGCCCUCAUGGAAGGACCUUCCGAAGACAGCAGGGGGGACGUUAAAGGGCCCACGGAAGAGCGACAGUGCCACGCUCUAGCAGACGAGCUGGCGUCAGAGAUAAGGCGUGGCACAACAGGCACAGGGAGUCCACCUGCAGGCUUCACGCGUAAAAGAAAGAUGGCAUGUGCAGUCUGCAACUUGCGCUUUUCACAGAAGAGCCAGCUGCAGGAGCACAUGUUCGCUCAUGUGGGCAAACCGCUACGUCAACACCGUUACGGCCGCUUCGGUGGACCACUGAUCCAUCCCAGCGAGGGAACGUCGGAAAUCGAUGAAGUUGCCCAGGAUAAUGGCAGCUCAUGCUACUCGCUGGACUCAGAAGUCUCUCAUGAGAGUGUAGAUGCUGUGGCGGUGGAAUGACGCCUUCUGUAACGUAAUGGACAUGUUCCCUGUGCAUUCUUAACACACCCUUGUAAAUUUCAACUUCUGACUUAAUUUAGUAACCACUAUGUCCCACAAGUAAUUCUUCUCGUCUAUGGAGCGACAUUGGUUUUCUAAUAAGUCAGUUAGCUAGCUAGCAUGCUAAUUACCGAGCUAGCUUCUUAACUAGAUGUUAGAUUUAUAUAUAGAUGGAUCUGUACAUAGGAAAAUGUAUAUUUUUCAAUUCUCCACCAUCCAACUAAAAUCAAAAUCUUCUACUACAAAGUUUGAAUAACUGACAGGAUUUGUCUUCUUAAUCUUUUAGCUAGCUAGCACACACAAGGCAGGACUUUUAAUUUGGAUUUUUUUAAAAAUAAAUAUUUAUACUGGAACUGAAAGCUAGCUAGCAGGGUAGCUAAUAUGAGAUAACCUGACAGGAUUUUUAAAUAACAUUCAUAAUCUUAACUGCUAACUCGAGCCAGCUCGCUAAAAUGAGACAACCUGAAAGGAUUUCAUGAAGAAUUUCAAAGUGCAUUUCUAAAUGUUUAACAACUUCCACUGUUAAUGUUAGCUAACAUUCUGAUUUGCUGAAAUAAUCUUCACUGCUAAUGCUAGUCAUCUAGCUAAAAUGAGCUAACCUGACAGGAUUUCACAAUAGCAUGUAGCCGAAUAUUUAGAAUUUUCUCUGCCAAUAUUAGACAGCAAGCUAACACAGGCUAACCUGACUGGAUUCCUGAAAGAAUUCUGAAGUGAAAUUAAUAUUUUUUCUGCUAACUGAGUAGCUGAAGUCAUAUUUCCAGACUAAAAAGAUUAAAAAAUAUUCCUAAUCUUCACAGUGACAUGAUUACUGACAGGUAGUUUAAGUCGCAUUCAAAUUUCCUCUGGUAAUAUUAGGCAGCUAGCUAGCAUGGGCUAACCUGACUGGAUUUCUGAGAGAAUUUCGAAGUAAUAUUUAUAAUUUUUCUGCUAACUGAGUAGCUGAAGUCAUAUUUCUGGAAUAAAGAUUAAAAAAAAUAUUCCUAAUCUUCACAUUGACAGGAUUUCUGACAGGAAUUUUACGUCAUAUUCUAAUUUUCUCUGCUUAUAGUAGACAGCUAGCUAACACAGGCUAACCUGACUGGAUUCCUGAGAUAAUUUUGAAGUAUUAUUUAUAAUUGUUCUGCUAACUGAGUAGCUGAAGUCAUAUUUCCAGACUAAAAAGAUUAAAAAAUAUUCCUAAUCUUCACAGUGACAGGAUUUCUGACAGGAAUAUUACAUUAUAUUCUAAUUUCCUCUGCUAAUAUUAGGCUGCUAGCUAACAUGAGCUAACCUGAUCACAUUUCUCUCAGGAUAUUUGACUGCUAAUGCUUUAUUCUUUAGCGAACCUGACAGGAUAUGUAAGAAAACGUUGACCAGUGCACAGUUAACAGUAUUCCUGUCCCACGGAAAACAAACAGUACAAAAAAAUACCACAUAAAAUACUAGCUUUACGAGGAAAAUCUCCAAUUAAGGCAUGAUUAGAACACAGGAAGUUGACAGGGGUGUGUUUAAAAUGUUUGGAAAAUGUUUGACCUCAGACUUCAUGUCCUGUCUCCUGUUUAAAAAGCUCCAUCCGUGUGUUUCUUUUCUCUUGUGUUGAUGGAUUUUUGUGUUGGUGUGUAUGUUACAUUGUGGACAUUUGUAGAUUAAUCUGAUCGGUCAGCGCUGGAAUAAUCAGACCAAACCUUUAACCUAUUUAACGCUCCACAUUUUAACAGCAGAGGACGUCGCUAUGAGCUAGCGCUCCAAAAGAGCCGACUAUCUUGAAUGACUGACACCUAUAUGCGUAGGUGUAUUAAACACCUCUCCAGAAGCCCCGCCCCCUUUCCUUAAUCUUUUGCUUUCCUAUAGUUUUAGCCCUUUCUUUCGAUCCCGACUCGGAUUUUCUGGCUUGAAAAUCGCUCCGAUGCUCCGUCCUCACUUUCCGUCAUGAUAAAUCUAGAAUGUUUUCAGUUUAUUACAGCGGAAUCAAAUGAUUAGACCAAGUUGAAGGAAGCAAAUUUGUGCCUGAAGAAGAUUAAACAGAUCUAUGGCGUGUCACAUUGAACACUUUUUUAAAUCGUUUUAAUGCCAGAGAUGAUUAGAAAGUUUAACGCUGAGACAAUUCACACCAUGAGACAUGUUAGACAAGCAGUUUGUUAAAGGACCAUAUUAAAAACCUUGUUUGUUUGUUUUCCUCUUGGGGCUCGGCAGGUUUGUUGCGUUACGUUUUCUGGAGUGUUUUAAAUGAAUCUAAUCCAGCACAGCAAAGCACAGAUGAUGGAUUAUAAUCCAUCAUAAUUAAUUCAAUUAAAUAAUCAGAAUUGUGUGUGUGUGUGUGUGUAGCGGUGAGUGGAUUUAAACACUUCUGAACAAAUUUAGGCAUAGAAACUAAACAAACACAAACCCAUACAAUCGAAGUCAGUGCCUUAGACGUAUUCGCGAUUUUGAAACUAAAAGCACUUAAAGUGUCGCAUCAAUCAGAAAAAAAUGAACAGAAACGUUUUUCGGAAUGAUUUUUACACACUCUGUGUUUUUGUUGGGUUCGUCAGUGUGAUCAUGUUCUAGUCUAGUGCCUGAUUUUUAUCAAUAGAACGUGUAGAAAACUGGUGCUUCAUGAAAAUCCUGUCAUUCCUGCUGAAAGAGAUGGAGGUUUUUUGCUCUGUAAUGGAGUCUAAUGUGGGCUCUAAAAGCAAAUGUUUUGUCCCUAAUGGUUUCUGAUGACUUUUCUCCUUUUAUUCGAAUGAUCAUCAUCUAAACACAAAGGAAUGUCAAAAUUUAACAGAAAUUGUUCAAGAUUUUUUAGUGUUAUUUGGCUCUUUGGCAGGGACACGAGCUCACAGCAGAUGCGAAAGUCCAUAAAGAUUCGACUUGUCACUUUUUUGCGUAACUGGAAUAAUAAUGAGGAAAUAAUUAACUCUAAGGGUUAAAGGUCAUGAGGAUCGAUCUUUCUGUGCCUCGGAAGACAGAAAGCGUUCAUGAUAGAAUUUUUAUGUAGGGGGAAAAAAUGGAAAAAAAAGCACUUGUGGUUAAAGGUCACCAUACUGUGAUGAAUAAAUGAAUCUUGUGAAAAACUCCGGGUUAAUUUUUGUGUACUUACUGUGUUGGUAGUAUUCUUUUUCAAUAAAGGUUUGA